CGAAAAAUUUCCACCUUGAAGUAUAAGCUACAGACAUCAAUGGCUUCGCCUGAGAUUCUACUCCAGCAAAAGCCAAAGGCUAUAUUUCACGGCAAAUAAAUUCACCUUGGCGACAAUUAAUUUCCACUCUCGCUGAGAUGUUGACUCCCAUUUUCCCCUCAAAACCAUAGACUGAAUUUUCUCCGACUUUACCCCAGGAAAGGAGAAAAUGUGCUCUUCUUUAUCACCAUUUCCCCAAUAUUUUUCCUCACAUUUUCGACUUUUAUACCACCAUAAACUCACGUCAUCAUCUUCUUCAAACCCAAUUUUUAUCAGACCCAGGAAUUACAGUAAACCCUUUUAUAUUUCUGCUGCCGUUGCCCAAAAAGAUCUUGACUUUUCAUGGAUCUCUUCUGAGCAAAAUGGCCCAGAUGACUAUAAUGGUUGGGCUGCUGUUGGAGCUCCAGUUAAAUCUAGGGAGAGAAAAAAAGGUGCUACAUUGGUGAUGAUUGGUGUUGGGGCUUCACUUGCUGCUUUGCUUGGAGUUGUUGCAUGUCAUUUAAUAUCAAAGAAAGGUUUCCAGUUUCGGUUCAUUGGUCCGUUUAAUACUACGCAACGGAUCUCAUUGCCUUCUAAAACUGAAGAAAAAGCCAUUGAAGCCGAAACUAUUAAAUCUGAUGCCUUGAAGGAUGAAGCUGAGGUUUCUGAGGGAACUCAGGAGAGUGUUCCUGAUGGAGUUGAUGACAAUGUGCUGAUAGAACCAAAGAAAAAUGCAACAAGACCAAACCGGUUUGGGCGAAUUAUGGUUUCAGUUGAUUCUACCCAACAGGAAGCUAUACAUAUAUUGCAGAAACUCAAGAUCAUUGAAGAUGAUGUCAAAGCAGAUGAGCUCUGUACAAGGAGAGAAUACGCAAGAUGGUUGGUUCAGGCAAAUUCACAGCUGGAAAGGAGCCAGAGACAUCGAAUACUUUCAUCUGCUUCACUUUCUGGUUCUACAGUUAUGGCCUUUGACGAUGUGAAUGUUGAAGAUCCUGAUUUUAUGCAUAUUCAGUGCCUAGCUGAGGCUGGUAUUGUAGCAAGCAGACUUCUAGAUGGGAACUUUGCUUUGGAUUUAAAUGACUCAGAUGGGCGACGAGGUGUCUUUUUUCUUCCGGACAGAUUUAUAUCACGCCAGGAUCUGAUUAGUUGGAAGGCCAAGCUAGAGUAUGAAGUCAUUCCAGGAUUAAAUGAAGAGAUAUCAAGGAAGAACAUUGGUUUUCUUGAUGUAAGGGACAUAAGUUCAGAAGCAAUAGUUGAUCUUGCCAUGGACAUUCUGGCUGAUGAAAAAAGCAUCCUUAGAAGAGUUUUUGGACAAAUAAAGAGAUUUCAGCCGAGAAAACCAUCAACAAAGGCACAGGCAGCCGUAGCACUGACAAGUGGAAGGAUGACAGAAUUUGUACGUGCUGAAUUAUUGAGACUGCAGGCUGAAAAUGCUUCAAGACAAACUUCUAUGCAAGAAAUUAGGUCUGAGCUUCUAGAGAGAGGAGACAUUCAACGGUUUUGGGAGGGAAAGAUGGAAGAAGAAAGAAAACAUGGUUUAGAGGUGGAGAAAGCUUACCUCGCCGCUAUUCAUGAUUUGGAGCAGCAGAAGAUUGUUCAAGAAAAUGGUCUGCCGGAGCUCUUGAAGCAGAGGGCUGCUUUGGACUGUCAGAAACAGCUUCUUUCUAGUCUGAAGGAAGAGUUUGAUGAGAUGUCUGAACGUCUUGUAAUAGAGAGGACCAAGUAUGUGGAUGAGAAGAGCAAUUUAGAAACUGUACUAGUUGAUUUACAGGUCAAAUAUGAAGGAUUACUGGAUGCAAAAUCAAUAUUGGAAGCUGAGAUAGAAGCUUUGCGAAUACUGAGGUCCUGGAUUGACGAUGAAGCGAGGAAAAGCCAAGCUCGAGCUAAGGUUCUUGAGGAAGUUGGACGAAGGUGGAGGUGGGACCAAAAUCAUAAGUCUGGCUGCUGAAGUAGCAUUAAUUGCUACUUGAACUCGUAGAUUGCCUAUUACUGCACGGUAUGCUUAAUUGGAAAAGGUGCUUGGUAGUCUUCGCAUGAAGUGGAGAACCUAUGUCAUGGUUUGUCCUUGGUGUAUUGCUUGUCGUAGUUGUAGGUUGGUACCCAUGCAUAAUGAUCUGUUUCAAAAUGAGUUGUCAGCAGAUAAUUCAAAGACGGGAUUGCAAAACUUUUUGAGGUGCUUUCGUUUCCUUUUACAAAAUUUUGCUUCAGGCGAGCUCCACCAUGAGAUGCGGGCAUUUUGUUGUAGCGAACGAGGGUCAGAGAACUGCAGAAAAGAUGUACCAAUUUAAGCAGUUGAAAAAUUGUAAUUUUGUGAAUCUGAAUGAUUGUCAAAGUGGCGAAUGUGGCCUUGUUAACAGUAAUACUCUCUUUUUAUGAUGCUUGAAGUCUAUACACUGACUAUAAUAUGAACGGUGGCUGGAUAUUUAUUUGA